CCCGGAAACUCCAAAGCCCAAAAAAACAAAUGGAAGCAGAGCAGACGGACUACAACUAUAACGGUUUAAACAAACACAAACACAAACACAUGACAUAAGCAAAUGAAAUGAGUCUCAAAGCGGUGGCUCUCAUCUCAUCCUUCUCCGGGGAUAACAACGUUCGAGGCUCUAUCCAUUUUGUCCAGGAAACCAACGGGUCAACAACAACAACCCAUGUGAAAGGGAGGAUAACAGGGCUUUCACCAGGCCUCCAUGGCUUCCAUAUUCACGCCCUUGGUGAUACCACUAAUGGCUGCAACUCCACUGGCCCUCAUUUCAAUCCAUUAAAGAAGGAUCAUGGAUCUCCUAUGGAUAAAGUGCGUCACGCUGGUGAUUUGGGUAACGUUGUUGCAGGCCCAGAUGGUGUAGCUGAGGUUUCCAUUAAAGACAACCAGAUUCCGCUUGUUGGUCCUCAUUCCAUACUUGGGAGGGCAAUUGUUGUGCAUGCUGAUCCUGAUGAUCUUGGUAGAGGUGGACAUGAACUCAGCAAGAGUACUGGGAAUGCCGGUGCAAGAGUUGGAUGUGGUAUCAUUGGGCUUCAAUCAUCAGUUUAGGUUGGAUUGCUUGCAAAAAAUCAAUAGGUUCAUGAAACAUACAUGGAUGCAAUAUGCAAUUCUCCCGCAGAAGGACCUUGGAAAGCAUUUGGAAUGUACAUGGUUAUGAAUGAAACUGAAAUUACAUUUUAAAGUCCUUUUUUCUUAUCUGUGAACUUUUCGGAUUUGUGGGCAUGAUCAUCUAAAUUUAUAGUUUGGUGUCUCUGGUAAACUUCCAAGUUCUUGUCUUUGCAACAACUUUAUAUGCUUCCAACGCCUUGAUCUAUUACUUGUAUGGCCACCAAGGCCGGAUCUUGA